GUGGAUAUGUUUCAACUUCCGUAGGCACUUCACGCUCCAUCUUCUGUCUGGCUGGGCCGUCUGCCAGUGGGAAUCAGAAAUGUUCGGCCUCGUCUUCUGCGGCGUCCAAAACAUGUUUACCAGGUGCAUCGCAAGAGACGAGGCCUCGAUCCAUCUUUUUGCAACGAGAAAUGUCACAGCAACUCGGCUAAUCUCGUGUGGUAAGGCUUCCAGUCGGCACUAUGAUGCCGUCAAUCUAACCCCUCUCGAUUCUGCAGCGAUAAUGAGUCUGCGCCGUUUUGCCAUACUUGGGGAUUCCCAAGCGGCAUGCGAGCCUUCCAGUGCAGCGUGGUGUCUAGCUUGACCAAGGCAGCAUUUACAUAUUACGGACAAACGGGUCGCGACUUCGCCACGACGAUAUUGAGCAACGACGAACCCACGCCGACUAACACCGGCGAAUCAGGCAACAUAGGCGCAGAGAUUAGUAGCGAAUCGAAUGGCAACGAGCUUGAAAGCCGUGAUAGUGGUUCGAAUACCGCUGCCAUGGUCGGAGGUGUCGUGGGAGGGUUGGCAGUGGUGUCGCUGUUGGUUCUGGGCGUCUUGUUCUUGCGACGACGACCUUACAAGCAGCGGGUCACAACUUCGGAGCCUACCCCUAGCGACCCCGUGGGACACACUUUGCACCCACCUGUGGAAGAGUUUGCUUCUAGCACAAGUCUCCAAAGCAAACACCCAAACCAAGCUAGUGUCCCGGUUCGGCCUGAGCUUCAUGGAUCGCCUGAGUUCCAACCAGAGAGCGCCAGCCAUAACAUACCGCCACAGCAGGGUUUCAUAAUCCAAGAACUACCUACGUCUAUCCAGGGACUUGGACGGGAUAAGCGCCAUGGGCCACAGCAGGUGUAGGCUGAAUGUGGUGAGUCCCUGAUGUGACUAGCCACGCGUUGCCUCACUUGACAACAGCAAGAAUCAAUAUUAGCGGAACAAUUCGGGUUCAAAUGACAAAUUCUACGCUGAAACAAUCUCAUUUCCUUUUCUCUUCCGUGAUUGGGGAUGUUGGAUUCUGGAAGCCACUACCCGCCCCAAACACAACACCAUAGCAAUCAACGAGCAAACGCUCAACGGCAACAGCGAAUUCAGCGCCCGCAAAUGCAACGUUGAGCCCUCUCUGUGACGCAUCCGACGGCA